GUUGGAGACUCCAUGAAAAAAGCACAGAAGAAGAAGCAGCAGCAGUAGCAAAAAAGAGCGAGAAUCGAAAAAUGUCGUCGAUUAUUCACAAAAUCGAGGAGACUCUCCACAUGGGAGGAGAUAAGCAGAAGGAAGGGGAGCAGCACAAGCAUCAGGUGGGCGAGCAACACAAACAUAAGGAGGGCGAGCAGAAGAAGCACCAGGAGGGAGGGGGAAUCGUCGAUAAGAUCAAGGGCACUCUCCACAAUGAUGGGACCCACGAGGAAGGAAAGGAUAAGAAGAAGAAGAAGGACAAGAAGAAGAAGCACGAGGACGGCCACGGCAGCAGCAGCAGCAGCGACAGUGACUGAGAGGUUCGGGUGGAGUGGAGGCAUGUCGGAAGCCGAAGUGACUAGUAUUUAGCGGCCGCUUAUCUACACCUAAUAAGCUUUUGUAUUUCCACUGUGUCUUCCUACCUUUAAUAUAUAUUUUUAUAUAUUGACGUUAUGCUGUA